UCUUGAUAAAAUUUUGUAAUCAUUACUCAUCUCCACUGGGAUUACACUGACAGGGAAUAGUAAAAAUUAAAGUUUUAUCAGUUAGAUAAAUUGAUAUAAGUUACUAAAAUGGAAAAGUGUAUAAAUGCUUCAGAUGGAUUUACCCUCAAAGAUUUGACAUUAAAAGAUGGAAUGGUAUUUGAAGUUUCUAAUAACUGUGAGAACUUUGACGACGAAGAUUUUGGUUAUUCCACGGAUAUACCAUUAACUAAUGAUGAAGUAUUAGAUCUUUUAAAUAUGGAUGAUUUUCAAGAUGAAGAUACUUGUGAUGAUGAUAAUAUAAAUAACCGAAUUACAGUUUGUGGUAUCAGUUUUAAAAAAUUAAAAACUAAAAUGACUAAUCUUUUUGGAGAUGGAAAAGUCAUGAAAUUAAUAAAACAGGAAGGUGUUGGUACUGUUAUACCAUGUGAUGCACAAGUUAGUAUCAAAUAUAUAGCACAUUUUGAAUUCAGUGAUGAGCCAUUCGAUUCUAGUUUUGCUCACGGAGAUACAGAAACCUUACAUUUAGGUGAGGAUUCAUUAUUACCUGGUUUAGAGAUUGGUAUUACAUCAAUGAAAAAGCAUGAAAUAGCAAUGUUCCUUAUACAUCCGGAUUUGGCAUAUGGAAAAUAUGGUUGUGCUCCUCGUAUUCCACCAAAUGAAGAAGUAUUAUUCAUUGUACAUUUAACUGAUUAUGUGGAUAAUGGAUCUGCUAAGAAAUUUCAAAGCUUGUCUUUAGAAGAAAGAAGACAAUUUGCAACUGCUGUUAAGGGUGUUCAGGGUAAAUUUAAUACUGCCAAAGAUUACUUUAGUAAAAAGAAAAUUAAGCAGGCAACAAAAGAAUAUGGGAAAGCACUUCAAUGGUUAGAAGAAACAGAACUAAAAAAUCAGCAAGAGGAAGAUGAAGUAAAUAAAUUACUUUCAAGAGGUUAUAACAAUCUUGCAAUUUGCUACAAUAUGCAAAAUAUGCCACGUAAUGCUUGUAAUGCAUGCAAUAGAGUUCCUAUACCUACAUCUAAAACUCAUUUCAAUUAUGGACGGGCGUUAUUGAAAAUGGGAGAGUUUUCUAGAGCAAUGGAAAAGUUGCAGCUUGCUCUGAAGAUGGAACCUAAAAAUAUGGAGAUUGUCAAGGAAAUUAAACUUGCAAAUGAAAAACAAAGGAAGUACUUGGACAUGGAGAAAAAGCUUUGGGAAAAUUGCUUAAAAGUUAAAGAAAAUAAAAAGAAAGAGCCUUCUGCUUUUGAAAAAGUUGCAUACGAGAUCUGUAAAAGCUUUUCUGAAGAUAAUCAGGCCUUGAGACAACCACUUCCUGAAUGUUUGACCCCUGAGGAAGACAAAUGUAUACGUGAACAAGCCGCAGUUUUUGGCUUGAUUGUUACUACGCACCAAAGAUACGGUAGAGAAAUAACAUAUCUUAGCAAAGCUAAUUAUUAAAAUCUAAGCGCUACUUUAAUUAAGAUGAUAUAAUAUGAACAUAUAAAUAUAUAUAUAUAUAUAUAUAUAAAUAAAUAUUUUUGUACUCUUAUAUUAUGAAAAAGAAAUUAUAUUUCAUAAAAAUGC